CUUCUGUUUCCUAUCUAUUCUACACUAUGUCUUUGUUGAAGAAAUUGCCUAGCGAUAUCGUCAUCCUUUCCGCCAUUAGAACUCCGAUCACCAAGGCCGUCAAGGGUGGGUUGGCUAAGAUGUACCCAGAGGAAUUACUCCACAAGGUGCUUACUGGUACCAUUAAGCGCUCCGGGAUCGACCCAGCCGUCGUGGAUGACGUGAUCGUCGGUACCGUGUUACAGACACUCGGCGGGCAGAAGGCCUCGGCUCUUGCUGUCAAGGCUGCUGGUUUCCCAAUCACCACUACCGUUAACACAGUCAACCGCCAGUGUGCGUCCUCGGCACAGGCAUUGUCCUACGCAGCCGCCUCCAUCAUGGCCGGUGAACAAUCUGUUGCGGUCGCUGCCGGUGUCGAGUCCAUGACCCACGACUACUUCCCACACAGAGGGAUUCCAACUAGGAUUUACCAACCGUUCAGAGAUGCCGCCGAUAGCGAAGCCCAGGCGGUUUUGAUGCCAAUGGGCCUCACCUCGGAAAAUGUUGCCAGCGAAUUUAGUAUUACCCGGGAGGACCAGGACAAGUUUGCAUUCCAGUCCCAGCAGAAGGCUGCCGCGGCCACCGAAUCUGGCCACUUUCUCAAAGAAAUUCUCCCAGUACAGGCCAGAGCUAACGAAGACAGUGAAACUCCAGUUUAUAAGGAAAUAACCCGUGACGAUGGGAUUCGUGGUUCCGUCACUUUGGAAAAGUUGGCCACCUUGAAGCCGGCCUUCACCGAAACCGGUACUACCACCGCCGGUAAUGCUUCCCAGAUAUCCGAUGGUGCCUCUGCUGUUUUGAUCACCACUCGUGCCAAGGCUGCUGAACUCGGGAUCAAACCAAUUGGCCGCUAUUUGGGUUCUGCUGUUGCUGGUGUGCCGUCCCACCUCAUGGGGAUCGGUCCAUCAGUGGCCGUUCCCCAGUUGCUUUCCCGUUUUGGCUUGACCGUUAAUGAUAUUGACAUUUUCGAGUUGAAUGAAGCUUUUGCUUCCCAGUCCUUAUACUGUAUUCGCAAGAUGGGCAUUGCCGAGUCUAAAGUGAACCCAUACGGUGGUGCCAUCGCCAUCGGCCACCCAUUGGGUGCUACCGGUGGGAGACUCAUUGCCACCUUGCUUAACGGGUUGCAGACCCAGGGUAAACAAUUGGGUGUUAUUUCCAUGUGUACUUCUACCGGUCAAGGCUACGCCGCCUUGUUUGCCAAUGAAGAGUAAGUUUUCAGGGGCAGGAUUCUAGUAGGUAUUUAAUAACUUCG